GAACAAGAUGCUGAGAGUGCUAGGCGAGAAAGAGGAAUAGCUCUUAAGGCUCGAGAAGAAGAAGAAGAAUCCGAAAGUGAGUCGGAUGAUGAGAUGAGCAUGUUUGCGAAGCAAUUCGGAAGGAUGUACCGAAAGUUCAAGAACAAUCGCGCCAAACAAGGUAAAAGGAAUACUCAAUCCUUUAAUAACCAAGGUUGUUUUGUUUGUGGUUCCUUUGAGCACAGGGCUAAGGACUGCCCACAAAAGAAAAAUGAGAAAACCUACGACAAGAACAAGUCCAGUUCCAACCGGAGGUUCAGUGAAGACAAAAGCUUCAAUAGAGAUCUCAAGAAGGCAAUGAUGGCCGCAUGGGGAAACUCAUCCGAUGAUGAAGAAGAAGAAAAUGAUAAGAACUCCAAUCAUGCGGGUCUAUGUCUUAUGGCACUCUCCGACGAGGAAUCCGACCAAGAAAGCUUUGAGGUCUGGGUUCCACGCACUAAACCUUAAACCUGGAACAGCGCCGAGUGAGGGGGAACAAUCACUGGUUCCUUGACAGUGGUUGUUCUAAGCACAUGACGG